AUGAAGCCAAUUCUAAUAGUUCAUGGUGGUGCAGGUGAUAUUCCCCAAAGUCGUGUGCAAGGCAAAUUGGAUGGGGUAAGAUUAGCAGUAAAAGAAGGUUACAAAGUGCUGCUACACAAUGGUAGUGCUCUGGCUGCAGUUGAAGCAGCAGUUGUAUCUAUGGAGAAAGAUGAAUAUUUUAAUGCAGGUUAUGGAUCAGUUUUAAAUUUGGCCGGUGAAGUAGAAAUGGAAGCUAGCAUAAUGAGUGGACAAAAUCUAGAUGUGGGGGCAGUGACAUUAAUAAAAGAUUUUCUCCAUCCUAUUAGCAUUGCCCAUAAAGUUCUUACAGACUCUCCACACUCAUUACUGGGUGGUCAAGGUGCUAAACAAUUUGCUUUGGAAAAGGGCUUUCAAACAGUACCUCCAGAAUCAUUGAUAAGUGAAAAUGCUAAAGCGGCUUUAAAUGAGUUUUUAAAACGUGGUGAAUUUGGAAGAACAGAAAUUGGCAUAGCAGAGGGGGGUGUGGGCACAGUGGGUGCAGUAGCAAUCGAUACGAAUGGACAUAUAGCAGUGGCCACUAGCACCGGUGGUAUGAGUGGUAAAGCAGUUGGUCGCAUUGGGGACACACCUCAGAUUGGAAGUGGUACUUACGCUGACGACAACAUCGGUGGAGUUUCUACUACAGGUCACGGUGAAUCAAUUUUGAAGUAUUGUUUGGCGCACAGCAUCAUAAAACUCAUGGAAAAUGGCACUGACGCAACUACAGCAACGAAGAAUGCCGUGACUGGUAUGACGUCACGCUUAAAAAAUACGGCGGGUGCGAUAACUUUAUCUAAGAAUGGCGAUAUUGGGAUAUAUUUUUCAUCUAAUAGAAUGGCAUGGGCUUAUAUUAAAGACGAUAAAUUAUAUUAUGGAAUUGAACAAAAUGAAGUUCAUGAAGAUGGCUAUGUGAAGACAUAA